GCACUUAGUCAGAGACAGUAACCGCGGAUUGCGCAGACAGGGCUAUCAGUCCAGUCCUGAGAGCUCAUAUUCUUUACAGUAAAAAUGUCGGCCAGACCAGGCUACUAUCGGCAGGAGCUGAACAAGACUGUAUGGGAGGUUCCCGAGCGGUACCAGAACCUGACACCCGUGGGCUCGGGAGCCUACGGUUCGGUAUGCUCAGCAUAUGACGUGCGGCUACGACAGAAGGUGGCGGUGAAGAAGCUGUCUCGGCCUUUCCAGUCCCUUAUCCACAGUAGGCGCUCGUACCGCGAGCUCCGGCUACUCAAGCACAUGAAACAUGAGAACGUGAUAGGACUACUGGCUGUAUUCUCCCCUGCUGCAUCGCUUGAGGACUUCCAUGAAGUCUACCUGGUAACCAACUUGAUGGGGGCAGACCUGAACAACAUAGUCAAAUUCCAGCGUCUCUCUGAUGAGCAUGUGCAGUUUCUUAUUUACCAGCUGCUCAGGGGCCUCAAGUACAUCCAUUCAGCAGGACUGAUCCACAGAGACCUGAAACCAAGUAACGUGGCAGUGAACGAGGACUGCGAGCUAAGGAUCCUUGACUUUGGAUUGGCCAGACAGACGGAUGAUGAGAUGACGGGGUACGUGGCAACUCGCUGGUAUCGAGCGCCAGAGAUCAUGCUUAACUGGAUGCACUACAAUCAGACAGUGGAUAUCUGGUCAGUGGGAUGCAUCAUGGGAGAGCUGCUGAAGGGGAAGGUCCUGUUUCCCGGCAACGACUAUAUCGACCAGCUAAAGAGGAUUAUGGAGGUGGUGGGCACCCCGACCCCUGACCUUCUACAGAAGAUCUCCUCUGAACAUGCUCAGAAAUAUAUCCAGUCUCUACCCUUCAUGCCCCAGCAGGACUUAGAGAAGAUAUUCAGAGGAGCCAACCCAAUGGCUGUGGAUCUACUGAAGCGCAUGCUGGUUCUGGACUGUGACGGGCGUAUCUCUGCCAGUGAGGCUCUCUCCCACCCUUAUUUCUCCCAGUACCACGACCCGGACGACGAACCAGAGGCCCUGCCCUACGACCAGACGCUGGAGAGCAAGGACCGCACGCUAGAGGAGUGGAAAGAGCUGGUGUUCGAGGAGAUGAAUGGAAUCAAAGCGCCUGUCAGCGAGACGAGCGGUCUACAGGUGGAACAGUGAAAGACAAACCCUGCCUCCUUCUGCUCGGUCUGUCCCAUCAGCUGAGGAAGGACCGCCGUCUUGUCUCCGUCUGUCUGCCGGCGUUGGGGAGGCGGGAGGAUCCGAGAGAAAAAGAGACGGCGGGCCAAUCAGAGACAACGCUGUGUCCCCUAGAGAAAUGACACCCCUCCCCUUGCUCACUGUGACUGGCUAUUUGACUGCCUGUCAUGAGUUUUGUAAAAGGGGAGCAGGGAGAGGGGAGGUCUGGUUGAACUGAUAGGGAUGAGAAUACGCACAUUACGACGAUUACAGGGAGCAUGUUUUGCUAGGUAUAUGUUUACAGUCUGUUGAAGAGAGGUAGGAGAGAGAGACAGAGAGAGAAAGUAGCACUAGGGUUUUCAAACCUACCUACGGGUCCAACUGAUAAAUAGGCACUGGCUACAGUUCACUGGAAAUCUUUGUCAUAAAGAUGUCAGUUUAAGUCUGCUUAUAACACCUGUUAUGUCAUGGUAAUGACAGUUUAAUGACAGAGGGUUCUAGUGAAUUGUUGUCAAGAAUUUUCCACGCAUUUCGCUGUCUCAGGCGCCGCUCCAGAAUCUCCCGUAAGUGUUCAGUUGGGUUUAGAUCUGGUGACUGAGAUGGCCAUGGCAUAUGGUUUACAUCGUUUUCAUGCACAUCAAACCAUUCAGUAACCAUUCGUCCCCCUGUCGAUGGGGGCAUUGUCAUCCUAUGGGGGCAUAGCCAUGGUGGCCAAAAUAAUGUCCAGCCCAGAAUUUUUAUACAUGACCCUAAACAUGUUGGGAUGUUAAUUAAUUAACUCAGAAACCACACCUGUGUGGAAGCACCUGCUUUCAAUAAGAUUUGUAUCUCUUAUUAACUCAAGAGUUUCCAUUAUUUUGGCAGUUACCUGUAUGUAGGCUAUGCAUUUGUUGCUGGUAUCACCCAUUUCAGAUUCCACUAGGCUCUAGUCCAACAGGUUUUACUAGUCCCUGGUUCUGUUGAGAAACCCAAACCUAUAGCUGAAGUUUACAUCUGAACAUUCAGCAGAUACCAUUACCCACAGUGACUCCCAGAUGCAUUACAAUAGGUCUGAAUGUUGUAGUUUCAGAGGUCUAAUAUUCAGCAGGUUUUAAAGGGGCGUACUGAGGUGAACGAAUUACAGGGGAGUAAAAUAAUUCAAUUUUCCUGGAAUUGCAACAUAUACUACCCCAAGAACUACAACAACAAUCAUAUACACAAUGCCUCAAUUACAGUAGAGAUAAUCCGAAAUACUCUUUCUCGGUUGAUGUUUGACUAUUUACGGUCCUGUAUGUGUCAUGUACAAGUGUUGAUAUUGGAAACUUGUUGGAUUUAAAUAGAACUGCAAAAAAAGAUGAAUGUAUACAAAACUGUAUGUUUAAAAAAACAAGUGUCUUUUCAUUCUAUGGUGGCAUGAAUUUGAACUGUAAAAUUUCUGCCGUAUGCAUUUCCAAUCAAUAACCGAAUGUCAACUCUGUGUCAUAAUGCCAUGACAACUCAUGACAGUUGAUGCCAACCAACUCAACUCUAUUACAACAGUUAUUACACCAUUAUGGAGCAUGAACAUGUAAACAUUUGGUUACACAUAUUCAGAAUUAUUCAAAUCGAUCUAAUCGCCCCAAAAAUGAUUAAGUCUGUUGUGGUAUGGAUAAAUUCCUUUACGUUUCCAAGUAUCACGCAGCAGUCUAUCAGCCGGUAUGCAGCACUAUGUCAGUGGUGAGAAUCUGUCAUGGGCAUAGCAUGUUGUGGCAUUAUGAAAGACCACUUUACUCCAGAGUUAGCCUACUCAUUCCUCCUCCACAUGGCCAAAGUUCCAUCAAUACUCCCAGCCCACACACACAGUAGCUUUCCAGUGCUUUAUGGGUUCCAAGUCUGAGUAUACAUGGCCUUUUGUGUGUGUGUGUUUGUGUGUGUGUCAAUUUGCCUUCAAGGUCCAUUCUUGCAUGUUUCCAACAAACAUGUCUGCAGGCAUCGAACUAUGUCAUAAUCUCUCAGCCACAGAACAGAGACAGUAUUAUGAGAGACCACCCUUCUGAUCAUCAUGACGACGCAUGUAUCCUCUUCUUCCUCUUGUCAUCAAUAAAAGCUCAAUUCAUCACCAGUUA